AUGGCGGCGCUCAUGAGAAGCGUGCUGCGCUGUAGCCGACUGAUCGCGGUUCAGUUGCCCGGGAAUAUACAAGUGAGGCGUGAUGUGAGGGCCCUGAGGAGGACUCCGGUGCGGGUCAUUCCCCCGGAGAGAGAACGGAGGAGCCAGACGCAGGAGAGGGGGCCCCUAACACAGCAGAAGGACAAGAGGCAGGAGAGUGGGCCCCUGACACAGGAGACAGACAAGAGGCAGAAGACGGGGCCCCUGAUGCAGAAGGACAAAAGGCAGGAGAGGGGGCCCCUGACACAGCAGAAGGGCCAGCCGCAGGAGCAGCAGCGCUAUCAGCCUGUCUCUGAGGACAGAAGCCAGAAGAAAGACAGAGCAGAUGAGACAGAUGUUCCUCAGAAGGUCCAGCCACAGGAGCUGAAGUAUGAGAGAGCCCGCCCUGGAGAAAACAGGCUCAGCAAAGUCGUUUCAAUAGCAAAAUCCAAAUCGUUUCGGGAUCGCCAUGGACAGGUGUUACUGGAAGGCCAGAGGCUGCUGCUGGAUGCUUUGGAGACUGGAGCUAUUCUACAGACAUUGUUCUUUAGUAGAGUUGAUCAGUUGAAGGCCUUGCCUACCGAUAAACUUCAGAAAGCAAACCUCAUCAAAGUGAAAUUUGAAGAUAUUAAAUUGUGGUCUGAUGUUGUUACACCCCAAGGAGUCAUGGGAAUCUUUAGAAAACCUGACCAUGUAAAGAUGAAAUAUCCAGAAGAUCAGCUGAAGAACACGUUACCAAUGUCUCUCAUAUGUGACAAUAUCCGUGAUCCUGGAAACCUGGGUACCAUCCUGAGAUGUGCAGCAGGGGCUGGCUGUAACAAAGUUUUGCUUACAAAGGGUUGUGUUGAUGCAUGGGAACCUAAAGUGAUCCGAGCAGGCAUGGGAGCUCACUUUCGCUUGCCAAUUAUCACCAGCUUAGACUGGGACACCAUUAGCAACUACCUCUCCGAGGAUACCAAAGUGUUUCUUGCGGAUAAUUUUUGGAAGAAUGUUUCUGAUGAGGAGGAGUUUAAAUCCGGGAAAGCCAUUGACUACGGCUGGAUCUCCAAUGACCCUAGAAGCGUUGGUUACAUUGAAGGAGAGGAUUAUUACUCUUCCGGUGAUGAAGGGGAUGAGGAACUGCAGGAUAUUCCUAAAAUUCCCAUACAACAUUAUCACCAUCCAUGGGCUAAGGGUCCAAGCGCAAUUGUGAUUGGAGGGGAGACUCGUGGGCUGAGUAUAGAGUCACUUCUACUCGCUGAGAAUUCAGGAGGAAGGAGGCUGUACAUUUCAGUUGUACCUGGAAUAGAAAGCCUAAACUCUGCUAUGGCAGCUAGUAUUCUUUUGUUUGAAGGAAGAAAACAAAUGCAGGAGAAAAGUUUUCUUGCUACACAUGGCAAACAAUAAUUCG